ACAAACACGGGCCAAGGACGAGGCAGGCACGCACGCACGCACGCGUACACUCCGACACACACGCUGCAGGCGCAGGACUUGAACACCACGUACGCUAGCGAGAGCGGUUCCAAGGGAAGCGAGGGAUCUUUGUAGGCUCACACAGCAGAACGUUGUCCAAUAUGGAGCUUUUCGAGACCAACCCUUACUUCUUCCCAGACCAACGCUUUUAUGAAGGAGGGGACAACUACUUCCCCACUCGUCUGCCCGGGGCGUACGACCAAGCUGGCUUCCAGGACAAGAACUCCAUGAUGGGCCUGUGCGGGACUCUCUCCGGGGGCGUCGGGGUGAUUCAGCCAGAGGAUAAACCCUCACCGUCCAGCCUGUCGCCCCACUCCGAGUCCCACUGCCCGGGCCAGUGCCUGCCGUGGGCCUGCAAGCUGUGCAAACGGAAGACGGUGACCAUGGACCGCCGGAGAGCGGCCACGUUGAGGGAAAAGAGACGCCUGAAGAAGGUCAACGAGGCUUUCGACGCACUGAAGAGGAGCACCCUCAUGAACCCCAACCAGAGGCUGCCCAAGGUGGAGAUCUUGAGGAGCGCCAUUCAGUACAUCGAAAGGUUGCAGGCCCUGGUGUCCUCCUUCAACCAGCAGGACACCGAGAUGGGGCACUACCGGGCCGGACAGAACCAGCCUAGAGUGUCGUCAUCAAGCGAGCCCAGUUCGGGUAGCACCUGCUGCAGUAGCCCCGAGUGGAGCAGCACCCCGGAGCAGUGCACGCAAAGCUACAGCAGCGAGGAGCUUCUGAGUGCCGCCGAUUCUCCAGAGCAGGCCACCAUUCAGACCCUGAGCUCCAUUGUGGAGGGCAUGGCUGCAGCAAAUGGAGCAUGGCCUUUCCUGUGGACAUUCCCAAAUAAGAACUUCCACAGAGCGGACCCCGAGGAAGAACACUGUGCCUCAGACACAAAGUGACGAGACGAUCGGAAAAGCAGGCUGUUAUUUUCAUAUUUAAAUCACAAUACACCUUGACGGUAACUAAUGUUUCAAAGGGUCUGCUAGACAAAAUUAAUUCCACCUUUGACCUUAUUUCCUUUAUUCCCUGCCUUAAGCCACCGUUUAAAGAGUCAGUCGGAAGCUUGCAUUUGAAAAGACUGCAUGAACAAGGCCUAGUUUUGCUCCUUACUUAAUUUAAGCUUUCCUCUUUUCAAAACCUUUCCCUGAUGUUUCAUUCUUGUUUUGUGUGUGUUUUUAUGCAAACAAAGAACCAUGAGUUUAUUUGUGGGGCCAACAUGUACCAUGGCAGUUUUGACCAAGAUCUGCUUAAUGUUAAACUGGUUACAAAUGCUAGUGAUGUAAAUACGUUCCCUUUUUCUACAG